AUGAAAUCGAGUAAAAGAAGACUUCAAGCGCUCACUGAAGGUUCUGAUGGAUUACCUAAUUAUCUUAAAAUGGAAGAUUCGGAAACAUCCAUUCCACCUGUAUUUAGAUCUAGGCUACAUGAACUAUUUUCCCAAAUAGAAAAAGAGUUUGACCUAUUAUAUACAGAAAAUCUGAACCUACAAGAAAAAAUAGAUAUCCUUAGUGAGAAAUUGGAAAGGGAAAGCUAUGGAGGAGAGAGACAAAAUCUUGACUAUAUUGAAUUUGAAACAGGGAAGAAUUCAAAAGUAAAAUUAACUCAAAGUAAUUCACAAAAAGUAAAAACAAGUCAUAAGUUGAAGGUUCAAACCAGCAAGAUAGUGUCUAGUUUUAAAGCACCAACAUACAAUUGCCAACUUAUAAAGGAGUUUACAGGACACAAAGAUGGUAUCUGGGAUGUUUGUACUGCCCUACCAGGUCAAGCUUUAAUCGGAACUGCUUCAGCAGAUCACACUGCCUGCGUGUGGAGUGUGGAAUGGGCAAAAUGUUUGCUUCAAUACACGGGACACUCUGGUUCUGUUAACUCAAUUAAGUUCCACCCAUCAAGGGAUAUUGCACUUACAAGCAGUGGUGAUAAUACAGCUCAUGUUUGGCAAGCUGCUGUUAAUUGGGAUUUACCAAGAGGUCAAUCCUCAGAAGAGGAACUUGAGGGUGGUGGUGAGGAAAGCCUAGGGGAGGAAAGGCCGGAAGUGCUCCGCACCCCGCUAACAGAGCUCACGGGUCACUGCGGGGUCGUCGUGGCUGCUGAUUGGCUGACAGGUGGCGAUCACGUGAUCACCGCCUCCUGGGAUAGGACAGCCAAUUUGUAUGAUGUGGAGACUGGGGAUUGCUUGCAGAUUUUAACAGGCCACGACCACGAGCUAACCCACGCGUCCGCGCACCACAGCUCGCGGCUGGUGGUGACAGCGUCGCGCGACACCACCUUCCGCCUGUGGGACUUCCGUGAGCCCAUACACUCUGUGUCCGUGUUCCAGGGACACACAGAGAGUGUCACUUCUGCAGUAUUCACUCGUGAAGAUAAAGUUGUAUCGGGCUCCGACGAUCGAUCAGUUAAGGUGUGGGACGUCCGCAACAUGCGGUCCGCGCUAGCCACGAUCCGGUCGGACUCGUCCGUGAACCGCGUGUGCGUGAGCGGCGGCGGCCUCAUCGCCAUCCCGCACGACAACCGCCAGGUGCGCCUGUUCGACCUGCAGGGGCAGCGGCUGGCGCGCCUGCCGCGCUCCAGUAGACAGGGUCAUCGCCGUAUGGUGACAUCAGUGGCGUGGGCAGAAGAUAUUUCGUCGAACAUAAACUUCUUCAGCUGUGGCUUCGACCGCCGCAUACUCGGCUGGUCCAUACAACCGUCUAAGGAUAAU